AUGGUUCUGAUGAGACUGUUCUGCUUCAGGCUGUCGGUGCGUCUUGGCUCAAUCAUCGUCGGUGGAUGCUGUAUACUCGAAACGCUUAUCGCGAUGAUAGCGCUGCCGGUUUUAGGUGGUGCAAGCUUCUUCGAACAGGAAGCGCUAUACUACGAGGACAAUAUGCACAUCUACAACCCGCACGACGUGUUCGUCUGGUUGAUUAGAAUUUGCAAAACGAAACCGGACAUGUUUUACGCGACGACAAUGCUUUGUAUGGGACUGUACAUACCCUGUUGCGGAGCCAUGAUGGCUGGGGCAUACUAUAUGAAGCGAUACCUGCUAGUGCCGUUCAUUUUAGUGGAGUUGUUGCGACUCACCUGCAUCACGCUGACCCACGUGAUCGGUAUGAUAGUGAUCAAGAAGUCGAUCAACGUGGGCUACUUGAUAGCGCUCACGAUCGCCGGUGGGUUCGCUUUACUUCUGCUGUUCUAUCUGUGGGCGUGCGUGGUGGCGUUGAUGCAAAUCCUGAAAAUCGUCCGCUCACCCAAAUACAUCGCCGUGUUCGGGGAUAAUCCCUUAGCACCGGUAGAACCCCGCGAAUCGACCCCGGUGGCGGCUUUUCCGAUCGAUCCUGCCGCUGGCGAAUGGAAUGGGCUCACAACGAAAGGAAACCAACCCAUUGGCAAGACUCUGGAGCGCCUAACACCGACGGCUCUAUCUGUGGGUCAGUUCAACGGUCCCAACAUGCUGAUCGAUGAUUUUCGUCCGCUACAUGGCCGGUAUUCGUACAACUGGGCGAUGUAG